CUGGGCUGGGGCCAAGGGAAGAAGCUUCAGCAUGGUCAGCUGGCAAACCUGAGCCACAGUGGGGCCUGGUCUCUACCGUUUUCUCCCCUUUCCCUGGCUCUGCCAGACUGUCUCCCUGGGUGCCCGCCUCCCCACCCACCCCUGGAGGGCGGGGCUUGGCUGCACCCACAUGUGGCGGAGUUAUAUGCUUCUAGCCGGCAGAGGAGCUGGGGAGUGUGGCACUGAGCUGGUUCAGGCAGAGAAGCGGCACCAUGGCUGGCAAGAAAGUAUGUAUUGUAGGCUCCGGCAACUGGGGCUCAGCCAUCGCAAAGAUUGUGGGGGGCAAUGCAGCCCAGCUGGCACGCUUUGACCCACGGGUGACCAUGUGGGUGUUUGAGGAAGACAUUGGGGGCAGAAAGCUGACAGAGAUCAUCAACACGCAGCAUGAGAAUGUCAAAUACCUACCAGGGCACAAGCUGCCCCCCAAUGUGGUGGCUGUCCCAGAUGUGGUGCAGGCUGCAGUGGAUGCUGACAUCCUGAUAUUUGUGGUGCCUCACCAGUUCAUUGGCAAGAUCUGUGAUCAGCUCAAGGGCCACCUGAAGGCAAACGCGAUUGGCAUAUCUCUUAUUAAGGGGGUAGAUGAAGGCCCUGACGGGCUGAAGCUCAUCUCUGAAGUGAUUGGGGAGUGCCUUGGCAUCCCCAUGAGUGUGCUGAUGGGGGCCAACAUUGCCAAUGAGGUGGCUGAUGAGAAGUUCUGUGAGACAACCAUUGGCUGCAAGGACCCAGCCCGGGGACAGCUUCUGAAAGAGCUAAUGCAGACACCCAACUUCCGCAUCACAGUGGUGCCAGAGGUGGACACAGUAGAGAUCUGUGGAGCCUUAAAGAAUGUAGUGGCUGUGGGAGCUGGCUUCUGUGACGGCCUGGGCUUUGGCGACAAUACCAAGGCGGCUGUGAUCCGACUGGGGCUCAUGGAGAUGAUUGCCUUUGCCAAGCUAUUCUGCAGUGGCCCUGUGUCCUCUGCCACCUUCUUGGAAAGCUGCGGGGUUGCUGACCUUAUCACUACCUGCUAUGGAGGGCGGAACCGCAAGGUGGCUGAGGCCUUUGCCCGCACAGGAAAGUCCAUUGAGCAGCUGGAGAAAGAGAUGCUGAAUGGGCAGAAGCUGCAGGGGCCCCAGACAGCCCGGGAGCUACACAGCAUCCUCCAGCGGAAGGGCCUGGUGGACAAGUUUCCUUUGUUCAUGGCUGUGUACAGAGUAUGCUAUGAGAGUCAGCCAGUGAGUGAAUUCAUCCGUUGCCUGCAGAAUCAUCCAGAACAUAUAUGAGCAGGGCUGGGGCCCAGGCCAGGUAGCUUCUCUACUCCACUUGAGACCGGCAGAAGCUUGAGGUGCCUGGCCACUAGGCUCUACAAGACUCCCCACAAAGUAGCCUCUUCUCAACUUUCCACUGGAGGGCAGGAGGCUGUGGGGCCCAUCUGCCUGCCUGGAGAUCCUGAACCACCAAGCAGCCUAGAGCUUCUAGCUACCACACCCCACCAGAAACAGAGUUGCCUUGCCCCUUCCAGAUGCAGCGUUUCCUCCCCAUCUUCUGGGAGGGGUAGAAUCAAGCCCCAGUGUUGUGUGCUUUGGGUGUGUGUGAUGAGGGGAGGAGAAAGGGGGGAGGGAGGGGGUGGCAAGGCAAGGGCUGCCCACUGCUGCCUCACACAGACCAGGAAUCAUGUCCCCAAGCCUAGUUAAGUGGCUGAACAAGUACCUCAGCCGCAAGAGGGAUGAGGCAAGUCUGCCAGAGAGGGCUCUGGGCUUUUGAGCUGACAUAGGCCCCAGGAACCUUCCCUUUUGCUCUGACAUCUGCCAGGUCCCACACAGCAUCAAUGGAUCUCGGUGUUUCUUAACAUAAUACAAAGAUCUCAAACAACCCCCUUCUAGCUUCUCCUAGCAACAUCUGCGUCCUCAGAAACCUCUGGUUGUCCCCUUUCCUCCUCCCCCAGGCUGCCCUGGCACCACAGUUGCUGCCACACUGGCAUCUCUGGCUCUGGAGCUUGUCAUUCUCCCCAGGGACUUUCUGGUUCCUAGUUCUUUGCCAGCUCCUCCCUACCAUGCAUGACCUUUCCAAGCCUUCCCUUUCCCUCCCUGCCAGCACCCUCUUUGGGAGCAGGAACUUAUUCUGCUGACAAAGCUACACCUUUUCAUUGCAGGCUCAGAUCACUCAGCUCCCUGUGACCUUUGUGUUUGCCCUGCCUCCCUUCUCAGGAGCUCUGUGGAGGGGGAGGUGUCAACUGGGUCCCUCCUGCUGGGAUCUCUCCAGGACAUCGUUUGCUCCAUCCCUUUCCUCCUUCCAAACCCUGUACCUAUUUCUCAACUGCCCCUGGAGCAACCAGGGCAACUAACCAGCACCUGUAUCUGGAGGCCAGGGAACCAGGGUGCCCCAAGGCUCUUCAGGGGUAGGGAAGGGUGAGCAGGUUCCCAGGUUGGGUCUUGACAUUCCAAGGCCAGCUCCCCUUUGUCAUGUGAAAGCUUUCUCAUUUGAUAUAUCAGCACCUCAGGCGCUGGGAAACUCAAGGAGGAGGAAAAAAUCAAAACAAUUCUAACCCUGGGGUAAGGGAAGAAUGGGAGGGGAGGACGGGAACGAGUGUGCUUUGCACUGGCCUGGCUCCAAGAUGGGGUGGCAGCUGGAGAAUGUCACAGUUCAGCAGCCUGGGCCCCUGGCUAUAAAUAGUCCCCGAGGGCUGACAGGCUCUUGCCACGUCCAGAAGGGAGUCUCAGCUUCCUGUGUGGCAGCCCCUGGCACACUGACUCUGGCCAGCAUUACCUUAACCCUUCCUUACUCCCAGGCAAGCGAGGUAGACAAGCUCCUCUCACUCUUAGCUCUUGAGAAUUCACUGUCUUAAAGGGCAGAGCUGCCUGCAUCAGGCAGCAGGAGUGAGGGGCAAAGACAUCUCAGAUGUGGCCGGGCCCAGGUCAGGGCACUUGACUAAAUCCACAACCGCUUCCCCAGGAGGUCAAAGGGGGGCGGCAGAAAAACAGUUCCCUUUCCUGAGCUGCAACCUUGUUGGAUAGUCGAACACCUUUGCCCACUUUUGUUCGCACCACAGCGAAUGGCUUCUGAGUCAGGCCUGCUUGUCUACUCAAUAAAGCGUGUUUUUUCCAGAAACGA